GAGAGAGAGAGAGCAUGAGAAGAAGGGAGACAGACGGAGAUGUAUAUUCACAGUCCCACAUCCAGUGGCAGAGAGCUUGGUCGUGCCAGAACAGCGCAGGACAGUCCUGGUCCAAACUCUGUUUCACGGGGACUCGGAGCCCUGACUGUGGGCCGGGCAGCAUGUCAGAUUCUGAAGCCAAAGUGAACUCCAAAAAAGCUGGAAUUCGGGCUGCUGUCAUUCUCAUUGGACUACUGCACAAGUCCAGACGGCAGAGGGAGAAAGAGAGAGAAAGAGAGCGGAAACAAGAGUUGCUGACCAUCUCCAAUGUGCCUUUGGGAGAAUGUCCACCCUCACCUCCCCGCACUGCACCACCCACCAUGAAGUCUGCGGAGUUCUUCGACAUGUUGGAAAGGAUGCAGACUCCCAAAACUGAGGAAACUAAGAAAUACAAGGACGACUACAUUCCUUAUCCCCGGAUAGAGGAUGUCCUGGAAAAGGGUGGCCCCUACCCGCAGGUCAUUUUACCUCAGUUUGGUGGUUACUGGAUUGAGGAUCCCGAAGCCCCUGUUGGGACACCCACCUCUUCAGACAGCAGUUUCUGUGAGGAGGAUGAUGACGGUUUGAGUCCUAGUGGUAGCGGAGGCUUUCGUUACAAGCUGGAGUGUAACAGCACUUCAAGGGCCUACCGAAAGCACUUUCUGGGCAUGGAGCACAUGAACUAUUACUGUACAGCCAGUAGUAUGGGACACCUGAUCAUGUCUUUGAAGUACGAGGAGACAGAUGGACAGGAGUCAUUGCGCAUCAUGCUCAGGUCAAAAACAAAGACUCUUCAUGAGCGGAUACCACUUGAAGGUCUCAUCCAGCUACCAAGCGUACCACAGAUAGCCAAGUUGCUCUGUGAUGACGUCACAGGUCUGAAGUUCAACCCCGUCCUCUACCCCAGGGCUUCGCAGCUGAUCGUCGGUUUUGAUGAGCACGAAGUGAACAACACUUUCAAGUUUGGAGUCAUCUAUCAGAAGUUUGGUCAGACAUCAGAGGAAGAGCUAUUCGGGAACAAUGAGGAGACGCCAGCGUUUGCCGAAUUCCUCAAUGUUUUAGGAGACAAUAUUGAGUUGCAGGAUUUUAAAGGGUUCAGGGGCGGUCUGGAUGUGUCUCAUGGACAGACAGGAUCCGAAUCCAUCUAUACCACAUUUCGUCAGAAGGAAAUCAUGUUCCAUGUUUCCACAAAACUCCCAUUUACGGAAGGAGACGUUCAGCAGCUUCAGAGAAAAAGACACAUUGGCAAUGACAUCGUCGCGGCCAUCUUCCAGGAAGACCCCACGCCAUUCGUGCCCGACAUGAUCGCCUCCAACUUCCUUCAUGCCUAUGUGUUAAUACAGGCAGAGAACCCCUGCACCGAUCAUACCACAUACAGGGUGUCUGUCACAGCACGAGAGGAUGUGCCUCCCUUUGGCCCGCCUCUACCGAACCCUCCAGUCUUCAAGAAGGGUCCCGAGUUCCGGGAAUUUCUGCUGACUAAAUUGAUUAACGCAGAAAACGCGUGCUGCAAGUCAGACAAGUUUGCCAAGCUGGAGGAGAGGACACGGGCAGCACUGUUAGAUAACCUUCACGAUGAACUUCACAGACAGACACAAGCCACAGUGGGACUCGGCUCAGCUGCAGAUGAAGAAAAACUGGAAAACGGAGGUCACGGAGGCCUUCUUGAAUCCUUUAAGAGGGCCAUGCGUGUGAGGAGUCACUCUAUGGAGACGAUGGUGUCUCACAAGCACAAGGGUCCAGGGGCCAUGGCAGGGGUCCCGUCUAGCGUCAGUGGUGGGGGACUGCAGCAGAACAACAUGGAGUGCACAAAGAGCACAUUUACUCCUCCAGUGAUGUCUGCUAAGUCUCCCUUAAAGAGUCCAGUAAAACGACGGUCGGGUCUGUUCCCCAGACUGCACUCCAGUACAGAAAGUCCAACUGAGAAACACCCAACUCGGAGCGACCAAAAAACAGAAGUGUUCCCUCACUCACAAGAAGUGAGAUCAGAGACAUCGUCCAAUCCCAGUUCCCCUGAGAUCUGCCCAAACAAAGAGAGGCCGUUUGUGAAGCUGAAGGAGUGCAGAGCUAACAUCUCCAGGUCGUCCUCCAGCACCAGCAGCUUUAGCAGCAACGCAGGAGAUGGAGACGUUCUGGAGGAGAUGGACACGAGCAGUCACCCGUCCACAGCGUCAUCCGUCUACAGUCCAUCUCUAAGUGUGGAAAGCCAAAACUCUGGAACCCCACUGAUCAUGUGUCGCAGUCCCACCACAGAUGGAAAGAGCAAAACUUCACCGCGGUCGAACUUGAAAUUCCGCUUUGACAAACUAAGCCACUCCACAGGUCAUUAGGUCAGACAAAAGCCACUACAAGAAAAAGAGACUUUGAAUGCCAUUUAAGUGAUUCGAGAAAACGGGACCAUUAACCGAACACUAUGUUGAGAGCUGACUACAGGAGCAUUAUACAAACUUUAAUGAUGUAGGAAACACUUCUGUGGUUAAAUGCAACAGAUGUCUCUGCUUUUCGAAACAAUUUAAAUGUAGUAACUAGUGCUCAAACAAGUGUUCACUUUCCUUUCCUAUAGCUGCAAUUGCUUUCUAGAUGCUAAAUAUGAAUACAGCCACUUGAAAUACUUGAACAGCACAGUCAUUACGUUACAAGACAAAACUGCAUUAUAUCGCCCGAACACUGUACAGCCAUUGUUGAGUCUAUUGAAGUUACAGAAUUACGGGUCAUUUUGGAGUCUUGUAACACAAUGCCCUUCAGUGUAAAGCCUUACUACAGAAAACUAUGCUCUAUUGACACCGACAUGUUUUAGUUGGUUAUUUUAUUUAUAAAUUAUGUGAGAUUUAAAUUGUACAUUUCCUGUGCCAUUUCCUUUGGGGUGACCAAAGAAAAAGAUUACCAGGGUUUAUUUGUAGUAUAAAAA